AUGGUGGGUUUGCCUAAGAGAUUUGUAAGGAUAUUCGCUUACGGUCUUGGAAUUUUCAGCUUUUUGGGUAUUCUCUUGGUAAUUGCCAACAACAAACAGAUCAUUGAGAUAAAUGACUACUUACCGGAAUAUUUAAUCCCCAAUUUUUUCCAACCACCGGCUGAUUCAUAUAUUAUUGAUAUUUCAGUCAAGAAUUGUUUUAGAUUGAAUAGUAAAAAUCCAGCUUGUGGGAUUCCUUCGAGAUGGGAAGGAAUGUAUGGUGCGUUUCCAGGGUCUAACUGGGUAAAAGUCGAUAAGGAUUUGACGUUAGGCAAUUCCUAUUUGAACAAAUUAUACUUCAACUACAAAACUCUCAGUCACAAAGAUGCAAUGGAGAAUUUUAACAGACGGGAUAAUUUGAAGGUUGUCACCGACAUUGCAAUGUUUUCACCUUCUGAUAGAUCAAUUAAAGGCAAUAAGGACAAUAUUCCCAAAAAAAUUCUUGACGAAAUUAAGUCUGGAGGGGUAUUCGAUGAAGAAGCUUUGGAGUUCUACAGCAAUUUCAAUGUUCAAGGAGAACUUUACAAAGAAGACAGCCAUAAACAUAAAGCCAGUGAGGCAAAUAAGGAGUAUGAGAAGGAGAUGUUAGCCAAACAAGCUGAAGAACAAAUUGCUCAGGAAAAAGAGAAUAAACAAGAAGAAGCUCAAAAGGAUGCCAAGGAACAGGAAGUUGGCGAAGAGAUCAUCGAAGAAGAAGGUGAAUGGAAGGAUGAAGGGAAGAAAGAAGAUCCCAAGAAAGAAGAUUCCCUGAAAGAAGAUCCCAAGAAAGAAGAUCCCGUAAUCGCCAAAGAGCCUUCAGAGGGAGAUUCAAAAAAGCCUUCUCUUGAUUUGGAAUUGGUAGAAGGCUCAAAGAAGAAAAGAAAAGUCGAAACUGAUAACACCGAUUUGGAUGUUACAUACAUAAUUCCUACCAAAGAUGAGCUUGAAGCUAAAGGUUGGACAUAUAAAAGUCACGGAGUUUGGGUCAAGUAUGAGUCUUAUAAGAAUAAAAGAGCCAUAACAGGUAUCGAUGUAUUGUUCGGCAAAGAGGUAGUAGAUCCCAGACCAAAUUGGAAUUUAGUCAAAGGUGAAGUCAAAGACAUCAAAAGUAAAUUACCUGCCCGUUUUUCAUUCAGAAGAGGUCCUAAAUUGGACUAUAAGUCUAAAGAUUUUCAAAAGACUUUGAAAGUCGAUAAAGAUGGCAAAUUUAAAAUUUUACAAGUUGCAGAUUUACAUUUCUCAACAGGUUUUGGAAAAUGUAGAGACCCAGUUCCGGAAUCAUCAGCAAAAGGUUGCAAAGCUGAUUCCAGAACUUUAAAAUUCUUGGAAAAAGUUUUAUCUAUCGAGAAGCCCGAUUUAGUAGUUUUGACAGGAGAUCAAAUUUUUGGAGAUGCUGCUCCCGAUUCUGAAAGUGCUUUAUUCAAGGCUUUAAAUCCUUUCAUCAAAAGAAAAAUUCCUUUUGCUGUUACCAUGGGUAAUCAUGAUGAUGAAGGAUCAUUAAAAAGAUCAGAAAUCAUGAGUUUGUCUGCAAACUUACCCUACAGUUUAUCAGCUUUAGGUCCUGAUGAAGUGGCAGGAGUAGGUAAUUACAUUGUUAAUGUUCAAGGAAAUAAAUCCAAACAUUCAGCCAUCUUAUUGUAUUUACUUGAUACUCAUAAAUAUUCACCUAACCCAAAGGUUAAUCCUGGAUAUGAUUGGAUCAAGGAAUCUCAAUUGAAAUUUUUAGAAAGAGAAUAUGCCACAAUGAAACCUUCCAUUGAAGCUUAUAAGGAUAAACAUUUAGAUAUGGCGUUUUUCCAUAUUCCUAUUCCAGAAUAUAGGAAUUUGAAGGAUCAACCUUUUAUUGGUGAACAUAGAGAAGGUAUCACUGCACCUAAAUAUAAUACCGGUGCUAGGAAUAUUUUAGGUCAACUAGGUGUUAAAGUCGUCAGUGUAGGUCAUGACCACGCUAAUGAUUACUGUUUAGAGGACAUCAAAGACAAAGAUGAUGUUAAUCAUGAAAAUAAAAUGUGGUUAUGUUAUGGAGGAGGAUCAGGAGAAGGUGGAUAUGGUGGAUACGGGGGAUACGUUAGAAGACUAAGAGUAUUUGAUUUGGAUACUUCCAAAGGUGAAAUAAAAUCUUGGAAACGUCUUGAAAGUGAUCCAGAUAAUAAAAUAGAUGAACAGAUAUUAGUUACUGGUGGUGAAGUAGUUAACUUUUAA